AUGGAUUGUCUUGAUUCCUGUCUAGAUAGUGGAGACCGAAUGUCGGUGUGCGUUGAUGGGGCACCCCCUAUAGUCAGCAUGAAGGCGUCUUCGGAAGCCUAUCUCGCAAGAGUUUCGUUGUAUUCCAAGCAUGAAUACGGUUGGCAGGAUCUCCGUGUCGGUAAUAAGUACCGCAUCGGUCGAAAGAUCGGUUCCGGUUCGUUCGGUGAUAUCUAUCUUGGCACCAACAUCAUCUCGGGUGAAGAAAUCGCCAUCAAGCUAGAGUCUGUCAAGGCGAAGCACCCUCAACUCGAAUAUGAGGCUCGAGUUUACAAGUCUCUUGCUGGUGGCGUUGGUAUCCCCUUCGUCCGCUGGUUUGGAACCGAAUGCGACUACAAUGCCAUGGUCCUAGAUCUUCUCGGUCCUAGUUUGGAAGACCUCUUCAACUUCUGUAACAGGAAGUUUUCGUUGAAGACUGUAUUGCUCCUCGCCGACCAACUAAUUUCCCGCAUCGAAUAUAUACACGCUAAAUCAUUCAUCCAUCGUGAUAUCAAGCCUGACAACUUCUUGAUGGGCAUCGGCAAGCGAGGUAACCAGGUCAAUGUUAUUGACUUUGGUCUUGCCAAGAAAUACCGAGACCCCAAGACUCACUUCCAUAUUCCUUACCGUGAGAACAAGAACUUGACUGGCACUGCUCGAUAUGCCUCCAUCAAUACCCAUCUUGGUGUUGAACAAUCCCGUCGUGAUGACAUGGAGUCAUUGGGCUAUGUGAUGCUGUACUUCUGCCGAGGUUCUCUUCCCUGGCAGGGUCUCAAGGCUGCUACUAAGAAGCAGAAGUAUGACCGCAUCAUGGAGAAGAAGAUGACUACGCCGACCGAGGUUCUUUGCCGUGGUUUCCCCAACGAAUUUGCCAUCUACUUGAACUACACCCGUUCCCUUCGAUUUGAUGACAAGCCCGACUACAGCUACCUCCGAAAAAUCUUCCGUGAUCUCUUCGUUCGUGAAGGGUUCCAGUACGACUACGUCUUCGACUGGACUGUCUAUAAGUAUCAGAAGAACGCCCAGGCAAUCGCCCAGGCGGCCGGCCAGGGUGAGAACGAAGACGACAAAACCCGACGAACCACUGCUGCGACAGCAGGUCAGACUGCCCCGUCGGGUGCUGUGAAGCCAAACCCGAUUCCCAGCUCUCGCCGUAAGGUAAUCGAGCGCGGUGUUCCCGGCGUUGACACUCCAGAAACCAGCCGUGCCGUCGGAGGAAGCGACAGGAUGCUGCGAUCAGCUUCCAAAGGCCAGGGCGCUGGCUCUGGAUAUGCAUCUGGAUCCUACCGACCGAAAUGA